UCCGUUAAGGCCCAAGGAAUCUCCAUAAAAACCCUUUGCUUCUUCAAAAUUUAGGGUUUCAGAUUUGUCUAGAGAAGCCGCCGCCGUAGUCUCAGAACAGCAGAAGAAGCAAGCAAUGGCGAGGAUUAAGGUUCAUGAGUUGAGGCAGAAAUCAAAAACCGAUCUUUUGGCUCAGUUGAAAGAUCUCAAAGCUGAGCUCGCUCUUCUUCGCGUCGCUAAAGUUACCGGUGGUGCACCUAACAAGCUCUCCAAGAUCAAGGUGGUAAGGCUGUCCAUUGCUCAAGUAUUGACUGUAAUCUCACAGAAGCAGAAGGCUGCAUUGAGGGAGGCAUAUAAGAAGAAGAAGUUCCUGCCUCUUGAUCUUCGUCCCAAGAAGACCCGAGCCAUCCGCCGAAGGCUUACCAAGCACCAGGCAUCAUUGAAGACUGAAAGGGAGAAAAAGAAGGAAAUGUACUUCCCAAUGAGGAAGUAUGCCAUUAAGGUGUAGGGGUAGGAGCUCUCACAUCCCAUUUACUUCCAAUUAGUUCUCACUUUCUAGUGGUGUGCUCGUAGACUCGAUCUGUCGUUUUGUUUGAUUUUAAUGUUUGUCAACUCUUUUUCCUUGUCAAGAUUGUGAUCAUUUUGAUGUAGUGGUAAUCGAUGAGUUUUUGCUUUUGUUGA